GCAGCGCAGUGAAAACAGAAACCCAAACCGGUCAUGGAGGCUAGUUAACGACUGUGCGCCGCGCUUGUGAAUAGUAAUUUCACCAGAAUAUUGUGAUAUUUACACGGACGACAGAAAAUCGACAGAAAUAUCGCCGGUUUAGACGAAAAUGGGUGCAUACCUGUCAGAACCGAUUACGAAAAAAGUAUCGAGCGACGAAGCAGGCAAGAAUGUCGCAUUCGGCGCGAGUUCCAUGCAAGGCUGGCGAAUUAGUCAAGAGGAUGCACAUAACUGUUGCAUAGAUUUUGAUGAAAAUGUUUCAUUAUUUGCUGUAUAUGAUGGCCAUGGUGGUCAUGAAGUAGCAACAUACUGUGCACGUAAUUUACCAGAUUUUAUUAAACAAACUGAUGCGUACAAGAAAGGAGACAUUAGGCAAGCUUUACUUGAUGCCUUUCUGGGCUUUGAUGCCACACUUGAAAAACCUGAAGUAAUUAGUAUCCUUAAAGAACUUGCAGGGACAUCUACCUCAGAUAAGAAAAAAGAUGAGUUGAAUGAAUCUGAUGAAGAAGAAAAUGUUAAUAAUCUAUGUAUGGAGGCAACAAUGCCAUUGGAAGAAGUAAUGGCAAAAUAUCAAUCAGAAAUGAAUCCUAAUGUAAAAAAUCUAAAAAACGAAAAAUGCAGUAAAAGAGUAUGUUCUGCGAGCCCUUAUUUACGUGGUCGAAGAGGUAAAGAAAAAGCAAGCUCUUCGUCAUCUGGUGCCGGGUGUUCAUCAUCUUCGUCAUCUUGGAAUACAAAUGAAACCGACGUGAGUAGUUCCAGCCAACCAUGUGGGUCGACUUUAUCUAAUAUAACGAAGAGAAAUGAAUCUGAAUGUCCUGGAAACAAUGAAGCUGAACAAGUUCUUGAUUCAACUACAAGUAAUGGAAAUGCACAUGUCUCUGCACCAGUAGGAUCAACAGCAGAUGUGGAGGCAACAAAAAGUGCAGAUAUGCCUGAUAGCUCUGAAGAUGUAAACAAAAAAGUUACAAGUCCUGAUAAAAUUACAUGUACAGAAGAAUUAAAUGCAAAUGAAGUAGAAUUAAAUGGUGCAGAAUCAAAGCGAAUUGAAGAUGCUGAUAGCAGUAAGGGUGGGGGUGAUAAUGUAUCAAGCAGUUCAUGUACUCCAGUAGAGAAUGGAGAUGCAGGACAGCAAGAACGUAUAACUAGUACUGGUAGAAGAAGAAUUCAACCUAUCACUCUAUAUCAUACACUUUUAAAGAAAGACAACGAAGAUUCUGAGGAUGAUGAUGACGAUGAAAAUGAUGAAACAUUUGAUGGUGUCCCAGAAAGUUUUAGCGAUGAAGAUGAUAUAGAAGAUAUUGACGAAGAUGAAAGCGAGGAAGAUGAAGACGAAGACGAAGACGAAGACGAAGAUGAGGAUGGAGAUGCCAAUAUCGACGAUGACGAUGACGAUGACGAUGAUAGUGAAAGUCUUAUGAUGGAUACAGAAGAGCCAGGAUAUGAUAGUGGAUGCACAGCAGUAGUUGCAGUUUUAAAAGGGAAUGAAUUAUAUGUAGCAAAUGCUGGAGAUUCCCGUUGUGUAUUAUGCAGAGAUGGUCAGGCUAUAGAGCUUAGUCUAGAUCACAAACCUGAAGAUGAACCGGAAAUGGAACGUAUAGUAAAAGCUGGUGGAAAAGUGACAGCUGAUGGUAGAGUAAAUGGUGGCCUUAAUUUAUCAAGGGCACUUGGGGACCAUGCUUAUAAACAAAAUGUAAACUUAUCACCGCAAGAGCAAAUGAUCUCUGCACUUCCUGAUGUGAGGCAUAUCACAAUUGAACCAGAAAAAGAUGAGUUUAUGGUGCUUGCGUGUGAUGGUAUCUGGAAUUUUAUGUCGAGUCAAGAUGUUGUACAAUUUAUUCGUACUCGUUUGACACAAAAUUACGAAAAAUUAUCAAAAAUAUGUGAAGAGUUAUUUGACCACUGUCUAGCACCUGAUACUUGUGGAGAUGGUACAGGAUGCGACAAUAUGACGGCUGUAAUAGUGCGAUUUAAGUCGUCGACUGAUGCUGUAACGAAUAGCACUGUUGCUGAAGUAUGUACUGCUAAAAGAUCGCUAUCACCAUCUAAACCGACAGAAGAAAAUAAUGAUUGUAUUGUGCAGGAAGAUAUGAUGAAUUCUUGUAAACGUCUUAAGACCGAAGCAACUAUGUGAGAAAUGUGUUAAAUGCUAUGAACUGUUGCAAUCUCUGGAAACAGAUGAGUGAAUGUGAAUUUAUGUAAAAUUAUGUAAUUCUAUAAAACUGUGAAUUUUGAACAGAUACUCAAUGGUAAUCGAUACCAGUUACUUCAAAUAUCAUGUAAAGUAUGUUAGUACUGGCUAUUGGUGGCAGACUGAUCAAUUGGAGCAUAUGAGGAUGAUACUUUACUGCUAAUAUUUCGACACUUUAGUGCUUAAUCUGAUACAAAUAGACAGUGUUCUUUUUCAUUUAAAUUAAAAACAAUUGAUUUUCAAAACUGUUUCACUACAUCUGUUAUUACUGGACAGUGUACUAUACGGUCUAACGUUUUGAUAAUGUCAUGUACAAAAUAUAUAAGACAGUUAUACAAACAUAAUUCUGUACAAUUAACGAUAUAAUAAAUAUUUCACUUUAUAAGUA